UUUUAGUUGGGUAAUUAGUUAGAAAAACCAAAGAGAUGAGUGGGUAAUUAGAAAAUGAUCACCAAGCAAAUUGGUUAAGUAUGAAGGUUCAACGUCGAAAAGGAGGUCUUUCCAUGUUUCUGGAGAUAAUCGCUACUUCAGAGGUAUUAAGUAAGGAUUAUAAUAUUCAUUUCGGCAGGGAAACAAACCAAAAUGGAUCAAACUAUAACGGCUUGACGGAAACUGUAAAAAAGCACAAUGGCGAAUACGGCACAUUUUGUACGUCAGCAGAGCUCAACGCACCUCAACCCCCAACGUUCCCUGGACCGUCUGGAGAUGAGGGAGCUUAGGGGACGUCUCGUAAUCGAAAACGGCAAUACUGCGAGUUACGGCGCGACGAAUUUGGCGUUCGAGGACACGAGUCCGAAUGCGAAAUUGAAAUCGGCGAGCAGCAGCAAGAGGGGCUCGCAGGACGGUAAGCCGAUUUUUCGACCGGAAUGCGGUGAGGAGGAGCGCGAGUCGUGGGACAGCAAGCUUACGUUUCUGCUCGCGACCGUCGGGUACGCCGUUGGGCUCGGCAACGUGUGGAGGUUUCCGUAUUUGGCGCAGAAGAACGGCGGCGGUGCGUUUUUAAUUCCAUACUUCGUUAUGCUCGCCAUCGAAGGGAUUCCGAUUUUCUAUUUGGAGCUCGCCAUUGGACAACGAUUGCGAAAGGGAGCGAUUGGAGUGUGGAAUCAAGUCUCCCCGUACCUUGCAGGAAUUGGAAUUAGUAGCGCAGUCGUAUCAUUUAACGUGGCCCUUUAUUACAACACAAUAAUUGCAUGGUGCUUAUUCUACUUCGCUCAAAGUUUUCAAUCAGAAUUGCCUUGGUCGGAAUGUCCGAAAGUUUAUUUCAAAAACGGUUCCUACAUCAGAGACCCCGAGUGCGUCGUCAGCAGCCCCACGCAGUACUUCUGGUAUCGGACGACGCUGAUGAUCGCCGAGGACAUCAACACCCCCGACGCUUUUAAUUGGAAGAUCGCUUUAGCGCUGGUGAUCGCCUGGAUAUUGGUGUACUUGUGCAUGAUUAAAGGGAUAGCGUCGUCUGGGAAGGUGGUUUAUGUCACGGCCACGUUCCCCUACAUUGUGUUAAUCAUCUUCUUUUUUCGUGGAGCUACGCUUACGGGCGCCGGGGACGGCGUCAAGCACUUGUUCACGCCCAAGUGGCAUACGAUUCUCGAUCCGGUCGUUUGGCUCGAGGCCGGAACGCAAAUUUUUUUUUCGCUCGGGCUCGCUUUCGGCGGCCUUAUCGCUUUCUCGUCCUACAAUCCCGUAAACAACAACUGCUAUCGCGACGCCGUCAUGGUCUCCCUGACGAACUGUUUCACGUCGAUGUUCGCGGGAAUUGUCGUGUUUUCGGUGAUUGGAUUUAAAGCGACAAUGGUACAUCAGCAAUGUCUUAAAGACCGCAAUAUUAGCUUUAGCGAAAUUUUUGGUGCAGAUUACAAUUUAGAACAUCUUCCGCCGGAAGGUACGCUUUACAAUUACACGUCGGACGGCGUUCAGAGGAGCGUCGUAAUUCCGCCGUAUCCCGAAUGCAAUUUGGAAAAGGAACUGGAUAACUCUGCCUCCGGAACAGGGCUGGCGUUUAUUAUAUUUACCGAAGCAAUUAAUCAAUUUCCGGGAGCGCAGUUUUGGUCCGUUCUGUUCUUUCUAAUGCUCUUCACUUUGGGAAUUGACUCUCAAUUUGGAACGUUGGAGGGCGUUGUGACUUCCAUCGUGGAUAUGAAGCUAUUUCCUAAUCUACGAAAGGAAAUUCUAACAGGGGCCUUGUGUUUAUCAUGUUGCCUUAUAUCGAUGGGUUUCGCACAUGGAGCUGGCAGUUACGUCUUCGUCCUUUUCGAUAAUUUUAGCGGAAAUUUUCCAUUGUUGAUCAUUGCGCUUUGUGAGUGUCUUGCUGUCUCGUACGUCUAUGGAUUGAAACGUUUCGCAGACGACAUCGAGAUGAUGACGGGGUCGCGCCCUGGACUGUACUGGAUGAUAUGCUGGAAGUACCUGUCGCCUUUGGCGAUGAUCUCCAUACUGGUUGCGAGCAUUGUCGAGAUCGUCGUCGACGGUUCUGGGUACGAUGCGUGGGUUCCUUCGAAGGGAAUAACGGAGCGAUUGGGAUGGCCUCCGUGGGCUAUCGUUUUAAGCGUCUCGCUUGUACUUAUCUGUAUCUUAUGGAUUCCUGCCACUGCCAUCUGUAGACUGUUUGGAAUAAUAAUAAUCGACGACAAUAAUAAGGCCUGGUUUCCCGCUGCAGAUCUGAAAGAAUUCCACGGCAUAAUGCCGCACGAAGUUACUACUGCCGAAACUUUAUUAUUUUGUAUUAGAAGCGACGGUACUGAAGGUCUGUGCUGCCCUACGAGCUACCUAAUUGACGAGUAUGAGGAGGAAGCUUAGUUCACCAAGUAGAAUAAUUUGCCAUUUUUUUAUGUACAGAUUUUUUCUUAUACAUGUACCUGAGUUACGUAUUUUUUAUAAACACGAAAACGCUAUUUGUAGCGCCGCAAAAGAGGCUACUCUCUUAAAAUCAUGCUCAUCUUAAAGCAAGGCUGCAAUCAUAUUUUAUAUAAUGCCCAGAAGACAAUAACGAGAGAAAACAAUAACUGUACAGACGCCUAGAUUUUAUUUGCACACAAAUUGUGAUAAAUGCACAAAAUUGAAAACAAUUAUAAAAGGCAGACUCAUCUUAUCCACUCGUUUUCGUAGUAUCUUCAUUGUGUUCAUCGUCUGUGCAUAUCGGCAACAUAUCUAUCAUUUUUAGGAACCUCUUGAGUGUAAAAUAUAGAAAGAGGAAAAUAUAUGCCAUUUAGAGUCUGUCCUUAUACUAGUCAAUUUUAUUACGAAGUUAAGACAAUAAUAAAUAUACUAAAUGUGAGCCUAGCAAUUAGUAAAUGUAUAAACUUAUGAAUCAAAAAACAAAAUUUAGUUUAAGAUGGAAACGACGACAAUAAUUUUAGAUGACUUCUAUAUCAUGUGCAAACUGCAUAGUUAUACUCUAUUAUAUUUAUUACAUAGAGGAUGUGUUGACAAUAAUAAUAUAAACAUUAUAUUGGUUUUUUGCCCUUACUGUUGCCAUUGUUAAUACGUAAAGUUGUUGUACUGUAAAAAAUGUAAAUAAGACACUGUUAAUAUGUGGAAAAUACAAUAUAGAUGUUACGCAAU